GAGAGAGAUGUUCUCUUCAUUCAUACCGUGAGGACCCUGAUGUACUGUAUCCCCUGUCUGCGCAUGGCUUGAGGUGCAAGGCUCAGUACCUACUGCUUAGCUGACGUACGGAGAGAGGGAAAGAAAGAGAGAGAGAGAGAAGCGGGAUGGGUGCAGAGUGUGUGAGGACGGCGAAGUCACUGUGAUUCCGCCCAGCAGUGAAGUUUCCUUCAUCUCACUGCUCUGCCCGUCUCUAUCUGGUACCUGAGGUCCUGUGUGUGUCCAGCAUGAGUAACAUCUAUGAGUCUGCAGAGGCGACCCUCGGCCUGUGCAACUCUUCCUGUCUGACCAAGGUUGAGCUGAGAGUGGCUUGUCGAGGGAUCUCAGACCGAGAUGCCCUUUCUAAACCAGACCCCUGUGUUGUACUCAAGAUGCAGUCACACGGGCAGUGGUUCGAGGUGGACCGGACAGAGGUGAUCCGUAGCAGUAUCAAUCCAGUGUUUUCCAAGGUGUUUCUGGUUGACUUCUACUUUGAGGAGGUUCAGCGUCUUCGCUAUGAGCUACAUGACAUCAGCUCCGCUCACAAUGGACUCAGAGACACAGACUUCCUCGGAGCUAUGGAGUGCACGUUGGGACAAAUCGUGUCCCAGAGGAAACUGUCCAAAGCGUUACUUAAACAGGGAAACACUACCAGCAAGUCCUCCAUCACAGUAACAUCAGAGGAGUUAUCGGGUAAUGAUGACUACGUAGAACUCUCCUUCAGCGCUCGCAAACUAGACGACAAGGAUUUCUUCAGUAAAUCAGAUCCGUUUUUGGAAAUCUUCAGAAUAAAUGAUGAUGGCAGCGGAUCACUAGUUCACAGAACUGAGACGGUGAUGAACGACCUCAGCCCGGUGUGGAAGUCAUUCAAGGUCUCUCUCAACACACUAUGUAGCGGAGACCAUGACCGCCAACUAAAGUGCACAGUGUAUGAUUGGGACUCCAAUGGGAAGCACGACUUCAUUGGAGAGUUCCAGACCACCUAUAAGGAGAUACGCACAGACCUGGAAGGGAGACAGAUGCAAUGGGACUGUAUAAACCCUAAGUACCAGGUGAAGAAGAAAAACUACAGAAACUCUGGUGUCGUCGUCCUCAACCACUGUAAGAUCAUCAAGAUGUAUUCUUUCCUAGAUUACAUCAUGGGAGGCUGUCAGAUCCAGUUCACAGUGGCCAUAGACUUUACAGCAUCAAACGGAGACCCCGGAAACAGCUGUUCUCUCCACUACAUCCAUCCGUACCAGCCCAAUGAGUACCUGAAAGCCCUGGUGGCUGUGGGAGAAAUAUGUCAAGACUACGACAGUGACAAGAUGUUUCCAGUUUUUGGGUUUGGAGCUCAGAUCCCACCUGACUUUAAGGUGUCACACGAUUUUGCCGUGAACUUUGAUGAAGACAAUCCGGAAUGUUCCGGUAUCCAGGGUGUGGUGGAAGCCUACCAGGCCUGUCUUCCUAAGAUCCAGCUGUACGGACCGACCAACAUUGCUCCCAUCAUACAGAAAGUUGCUUCUUCUGCCUCAGAGGAGAUGCACACCAUGGAAGCUAUGGAGUAUUUCAUCCUAUUGAUCCUAACAGAUGGAGUGAUAACAGACAUGGCUGACACUAGAGAAGCUAUAGUACAUGCUUCCCACCUGCCCAUGUCUGUCAUCAUAGUAGGAGUGGGAAACGCUGACUUCAGUGACAUGCAGAUGCUGGAUGGAGACGAUGGAAUACUCAGGUCCCCAAAAGGAGAACCUGUUCUCAGAGACAUUGUCCAGUUUGUUCCCUUCAAAGACUUCAAACACGCGUCCCCGGCUGCGCUAGCUAAGAGUGUGCUAGCAGAGGUGCCCAAUCAGGUGGUGGAUUACUACAAUGCCAAAGGAAUCCAUCCCAAAUGUCUGUCUGACUACGACGAAUCUACCAGACCCUUCAGCCCCUGACCACACACAUAUACACGUAUUCAUCACACACACAUUAAACACACACACACAUUCACAUGUUAUAAACAAAAACUAAUACAUACUCACCCAUAC